AUGCUCUUCGGCUACGAUCAAGGUGUCAUGGGUAGUCUUCUCACGGGCCCAUCAUUUGAAGCAACAUUCCCUUCCAUCUCGAAUGGCAACUCUACCCUCCAAGGUUUCGCGGUGGCGGUCUAUGAAUUAGGAUGUGCAGCCGGCGCUUUGACUGUCAUAUUCAGUGGUGACAAGUUCGGCCGAAGGCUGACCGUCAUGGUGGGAGAGCUGAUUAUCAUCUUCGGUGCCAUCCUUCAGGCUUCCUCUUUCAGUUUGGCCCGAUUGAUAGUAGGCCGUAUUGUCGCCGGGUUUGGAAAUGGUAUGGCAGCUGCUAUUCUGCCAACUUGGAAUGGCGAGUGCUCUCGUUCUAACAACAGAGGUCGAGCCGUCAUGUGGCAACUUAACAUCAACCUGUUCGGGAUUGCCCUAGCAUACUGGGUCGACUAUGGCCUGGCAGCCUCCUCUCUUACCAGUAACAAUGGUUGGGCAUGGAGGCUGCCACUGGGGCUGCAGUCUGCUUUCUCGGCUGUGACAAUCGUUCUGGCACUCUUUCUUCCGGAAUCCCCGCGGGUUCUGAUGCGCAACGGAAAAGUUGAUGAGGCACGCGACGUUGUUGAUAUGUUGUCGUUGGAAGAAGACCCUGCUACACGCGCUUCUGAAGUUUGCACAGUCGUGUCUUUGAUUGAGAACGCACUCCAAGAAGAUUCCCAAAGUGAUUCCCAAUGGCAGGCUAUCUUCACCCAGGGAAGGCCCCGAUUUUUCCAGCGUCUCAUCUUAUCUGCGUUUGUGAUGUGCAUGUACCAGCUUACUGGCGUCAAUCUUAUCACAUAUUAUGUACAUCUCAGUUUGCUGAUGUCCGGCUUUGUCGGCUUGGAGUUUUGGAUUGCGAGCUUCAUUCCAAUACCCCUCAUCGACAGACUUGGGCGUCGGCCCUUACUGCUUUUCGGGGCGGUCGGGCAGUGUGUCAGCAUGGCUGUUCUCGCCGCCACAGUUGCGUAUCCAGGCAAUAAAGCAUGCGGAUACGUGUCCGUAGUUUGUGUUUUCAUCUUCAACACUGUCUGUGCCAUCGGUACCAACGGGCUGGCCUUCUUGCUACCCGUGGAGUUAACUCCGCUGCAAACGCGUGGAACAUCCGUCGCCAUCUCCACCGGCUUUUUCUGGCUCUGCAAUUUUUUUGUUGUUAUGAUAUCUCCAGUGCUCAUCUCUCGCAUUCAGUAUGGUACUUACAUCUUGUGGGCAUCUUUCCUUCGGCGCACGCUACAGAUCCGAAUUCCCGAAUUUGAACCCUUUGUUAACAAUCUUGACACCGCAGUUCCGGAAACCUGCAAGGCGUCUCUUGAAGAUAUUGAUGUCUUGUUCGAGAACAAUCCUAAAUGGCUUAUUGGCCCACAGUCCAAGAAGAAGAUGGCCAAAAUCACCGAAGAUGCUUCGGCGCUUACUGACGCUGUUCUACAUGGAAGGAAGGAAAGUGCUCCUACAGUCGACAUGGUUGAAAAUGCAUCUUCCAUAUAAUAUUAUCCGCGUCACUGAUGAUUAUGGCCUAGCUUUGGUGUAUGAUGACAGAGAAGGGCGGGAACCUUGGGCCUCGUAGAC